AUCAUUCAAUUUAGUUUAGCAAAACACUAAACAAUCGUUUAAACAAAAGAAAUCAAAAUGAAAUUCGUUAUUGUCUUGGUUGCCCUUUUCGCCGUUGCUUUCGCCAACGAGGUUGAAAUCGUACGUAAUGAAGCUGAAGUUGGAGCUGAAGGUUUCCAAUAUGCUUAUGAAACAAGUGAUGGUUCUUCCGCCAAUGCUGCUGGUUCAUUGAAGAACGUUGGUACUGAAGAAGAAGCCCUCUCUGUUAAGGGUUCCUUUAAAUAUGUUGGUGAUGAUGGUUCUACUUAUGAAGUUAAAUAUACUGCUGACGAAAACGGUUUCCAACCUGAAGGUGCUCAUUUGCCUGUUGCCCCUGAAGCUUAAAUUUAAAUAGCGAUCUUUAAAUUUUGUUAAAUCAUUUUAAAAAUGGUUGUUUAGCGUUAAAAUAAACUUUUUUUGUUAAGUUAAA